GGAAAACUUGGCCGGAAGUCCGAGGGCGGGGAGUUAGGCAGUGGAGGAGAUGGCGGCUGCAGCAGCGAGUCGCGGGAUUGGGGCCAAAUUUGGCCUCCGUGAGAUUCGCCUCCACUUGUGCCAGCGCUCACCCGGAAGCCAGGGCGUCAGGGAAUUCAUCGAGAAACACUAUGUGGAGCUGAAGAAGGCGAACCCCGGUCUGCCCAUCCUAAUCCGCGAGUGUUCUGAUGUGCAACCCAAACUAUGGGCCCGCUACGCAUUUGGCCAAGAGAAGAAUGUCUCUUUGAACAACUUCAGUGCUGAUCAGGUAACCAGAGCUGUGGAGAAUGUGCUAAGUGGCAAAGCCUGAAGCCUCCACUGAUUAAGAGCAACAGCCCCACAGUUUGGGCUCUGUUGGACCGAGUACAAUGUGAAAAAAGUGUUCUGUUCUGUAUAAAGCUUGUGCUGAAAACGCCA